AUGCUCUUCAAGAGUCUUCACAUCACCCUCCGGAGCCCGUCCUUUACCCAAUUGACACGCGCUUCGUCUGCAGCCUCAACCGCAGCCUCAUCAGCUUCAGCUCCAGCUCUAGCUCCAGCUCAUCACCAACAGAGGCGUUCUUUCAGCUCCACACACCACCACCUUGGAAACAUGGCUGCCGCAGUGCGCGACCCCAACACGCUGUCCAAUUAUAACCAUUGGCUGACUCGGCACACCACCGUCAACUUCCACAUCAACUUUGAGAAGCAGCGUCUCGAGGGUUCCGUGCAGCUCGACCUCGAGUCUCUGACUGACAACGAGAGCGAGGAGAUCAUUCUCGACACCAACCGUCUGCACGUGGCUUCGGUCAAGCUCAACUCGUCAGAUUCGGAAUGGAAGCUCAAGGAUAGAGUCGAGCCCUUUGGCUCCCCUCUGAGCGUCGCCGUUCCAAAUGGCCGCGCCAAGGGUCAGUUUGUCACGCUGGACAUUGAUGUUGCGACUACCGCAGACUGCUCCGGUCUUCAGUGGAUGACUCCCGAGCAGACGGGAAACAAGAAGCACCCCUAUGUCUACUCUCAGUGCCAGGCUAUUCUCGCGAGAUCCAUUCUCCCUUGCCAGGACACUCCAGACGUCAAGUCUACCUUUACCUUCAACAUCACCUCGGCCCUCCCCGUCGUUGCUAGUGGCGUCCCCGAUUCUUCACGUGCCACCGGCGAGGGUGAGACGUUGUACAAGUUUUCGCAAAAGGUGCCCAUUCCUUCAUACCUGUUUGCUCUGGCCUCGGGUGACUUGGAGACUGCCCGCAUCGGCAAGAACUCCGUGGUUGCUGCCGGACCAGAGGCCAUCAAGGGUGCACAAUGGGAGCUGGAGGAUGACAUGGACAAGUUCCUUGAUAUUGCACAGAAGCUCGUUUUCGAUUACCAAUGGGGCGAGUACAACGUACUGGUCCUUCCCCCAAGCUUCGCUUACGGAGGCAUGGAGAACCCAAUCUUUACAUUUGCGACACCUACAAUCAUCAGCGGUGACCGACAGAACGUCGACGUAAUUGCCCAUGAGCUUAGCCACAGCUGGAGCGGCAAUCUCGUCACAAGCUGUAGUUGGGAGCACUUCUGGCUGAACGAGGGCUGGACCACCUACCUAGAACGACGCAUUGGAGCAGCUCUUCAUGGCGCUCCGCAGUUUGACUUUUCUGCCAUCAUUGGAUGGAAAUCUCUUGAGGAUACUGUAAAGCUGCUCGGACCCGAGCACGAGUUUACCAAGCUCAUCAUCAGCCACAAGGGCGUGGAUCCCGAAGAUGCCUUUAGCACUGUACCCUAUGAGAAGGGCUUCCAUUUCUUGUGGUAUCUCGACAAGCUGGUAGGACGAGAGCACUUUGACAAGUUUAUCCCUCAUUACUUUAAGACCUGGGCCCGCAAGAGUCUUGACUCGUUUGAGUUCAAGCAGACCUUCCUCGACUUCUUCAAUGCCUACGAUAAUGAAGAGAUCAAGGAGAAGAUUGCGCAGAUCCCAUGGGAAGAGCGUUUCUACCAGCCUGGAUUGCCACCCAAGCCUGAAUUUGACACUUCUUACGUCGACAGCUGUGUCGCUCUGGCUGAAAAGUGGAAGCAAGACGACUUUAAGCCAGACAUCAAAGACAUUGAAGGGUUCAACGCAAACCAAGUCCUGGUCUUCCUGCAAACCGUUCAAGGCUUCACCCCCACCAUUUCGGUUGAGAAGUCUCGACUGAUUGGCAGCACGUACCAGAUCAGUGUCUCAAAGAAUGUCGAGUUGAAGUCGGCAUACUAUGGAAUUGCUCUACGUGCCGGCGACAGAUCCGAGUUCCCCGGCAUUGACGAAUUGCUAGGCAGCGUCGGUCGCAUGAAGUUUGUGCGACCAUUGUACAGAGGACUUGUGGCCUUGGAUAGGGACUUGGCUGUCAAGACUUUUGAGAAGAACAAGAACUUCUAUCCUUCCACAACCAAGGGACAAUUGGCCAAGGACUUGGGCUUGAAAUGA